AUGCUGGUCGAUCUCGGCAUUGCAGUGCGUGCGAACGACCCAAGCGCCGUUCCAUGCCUACUGGAGAAGCUGUCGGAAUUCGGGGGCAAACCCUCUGUUGAUCACAAUGACACUCGCAUGGCAAUGCUUUCGCAGGCUAAAGCGCUCGUCAGAGCGCUGCAGACUCCCCGUGAGACCAUGAUCGAGCAGAACUGGGCCCAGCCCGGCUGCCAUACCGCCAUCACCACCUGCUAUAAUGCAGGUGUGUUUGGUGUACUUGGAGACAAACCAAUGAAGGUGGAUGACAUUGCGAACAAGCUUGGAAAGCCUCGCGAACUGUUGGCCAUGGGUUACAUCACCGAGACCGACAGUGAUGAAUACAUGGCAACAAACUUCUCGAAGGCAUUAACUAUCCCUAUCAUUGGAGAUGGCUAUCCAGCCCUCAAGUUCUCGGAGUACUUGCAGAAGAACGACUACCAGCUCACCUCAGACAUAACCAACGGGCCGUAUCAGUAUGCUUUCAAUACUGAGCUUGACAUGUUCCGGUAUCUGGAUACACACCCGCCCUUGAGUCAGCAAUUCAACAACCACAUGGGUGGCUAUCGUCAGGGUCGACCAAGCUGGAUGGACUCUAACUUCUAUCCUGUACAGGAGCAGCUGAUAGACGGUAUGGACAACUCUAAAGACGCCGUCCUGUUGGUAGACAUUGGCGGCGGUUACGGUCAGGACAUCCAAGAAUUCAGAUCGAAGUACCCUCAAGUACCCGGCCGGCUUGUAUUGCAGGAUCGACCUUCCGUCAUCGAUGGAAUUGAGCGACUGGAUCCCAGCAUCGAACGUAUGGAGUAUGACUUUCACACUGAGCAACCAUUGAAAGCAGCGAAAGCAUACUACAUGCACUCCGUGUUGCACGACUGGCCCGACGACGUGUGUAAGAGCAUCUUGAAGCAAGUUGCUGGCGCCAUGAAGAAAGGCUACAGCAAACUGCUUAUCAACGAAAACGUCAUUCCGGACAAGGGCGCUGACUGGCAAGCCACUGCUUUGGAUAUGAUGAUGAUCACCCUUUUCUCUUCGAAGGAGCGUACGUAUUCGCAAUGGAGCCAGCUGUUGGAGUCGCCGGAACUUGGAUUGAAGAUCGUUCGUGUCUGGACCGUGAAGCACUCGCAAGAGAGCUUGAUCGAAUGCGAGCUAGUUUGA